GCCCCCCCAAUAACUACCUGUUGAGCACCUCGCGGUGCGUUUUCCGCGAUUACGCGUGUUUAUUCGGCGUAGACAAGUUCAUUGAACCAGUUGUCGUCGUAUGGAGUUCUUGGUGUGGAAUAGUGAAAGUUGUUGAAAUCGGUCUCGUUACUUUUUGAAUGGGGGCCGCUCCCCGAAAUGCACCACCACCACCAACUUCACCGGCCCGUACCAUAAUGUUUCAUCACUAUUAUUAAAUAAAAAAAUAAAAACGGUGAAGAUGAAUGCGGAAGAAGAAUCGACGAAAUACAAGAAAAUGCAAGACCUGUUCUUUCAAGUUCUUAAGAAUCGUGAUUUAUCUAGAGCCGGAGAUCUUUUUUCCAUACCCGACGCUGUUAUUGUUAAUGAUCUUACUGAUUUGAUUAAUGAAAUAAUCGAAAUAUCAUCUUUACCAGAUUAUGCAAAAAAUGAUAACGAUCAAAGUGUGGUGGAAAUAUGUGUAACGAGAGUUACCUCUUGUGUAAGGGAAACUGGGAGUGUAGAAAAACAUUGCGAAGCCUUGGUUAAACUAUUAGAAUCUUGUUUGCAUCACAAUUUACAAGUUUCUCCUAGAGGUGAUGAUCCACCCCAUGCAAAAAUUUCUAGCGAUGUGAUAUCAUGUUUAUUUUUGAAUUACAGCAAAAAAUCGGUAAUGCAAAGAGCUUUACCUGUGGCGGUGAAAUUUCUUCAUAAAGGAAAUAAAGAAUUAUCGAGAAAUAUGGCAUCAUAUAUUUCUUUGGCAGCUAUUGAUCAUGCCUCGUUAUUAAGUCCUCAUGUUCAACCAAUUAUGGAUUCCAUUAUAUCCGGAAAUUAUCCUUUAUGUAGAGUUCUAGCUCAAAUUUAUGAAGUUUCUCCGGAACCCUUAAGAGGUCAUGCGAUGGCUCUCGUUACAUUACUUCCACAUUGUGAUAAUCAAGAAAAACUUUCCCUUCUAGAUUUGUUUUCGAUGAUAGCAAAGGAUAAUCCUGCGUUAUUAGAAGCCAGUGUUCCUCAAUUAUGUGAGUACUUAAAUACAUCAUCAACCGCAUCCGGUACGCUUCAAAUUUUCGUGAAUAUGUCCGAGAAAAAGCCCGCAAUGUUAUCAGAUCAUUUAGGGGCAAUGAAACAAUGUGGAACAAGAUUUCCUCAAGUUUUACAUUUGGUUGUGCAAGUUAUAGCCUCUGUAGGAAAAUUAAAUAAGACAAGAGCCCAAGAAGCUUAUUCAUUCAUGUUGGAAAACAUUUCAAAAAUCGACAGGGUACAUCACGCGACAUUAAUGCGCGGAGCAACGUUGCUUUGUACAUUACAUCCGGCACUCUUUUCAAUGUACACCGACGUUUUAGCUGAGUACAAAAAAUAUCAAACCAAUAAUAGUUCUUCAAAUCAAAUAAAUCAGAUCAUUUCGGUUUCUUCACCUGCACCUUUACUUCAAAAUCAAGUAACUUCCGGUCAAGUUACGAUUGUAAGAGUAGGAGAAACAAAUCAGCCACCAGCAAUACCUUCCGGUGGUGGCUACACACGUAGAGCUAAACUCGGUGACUCGAGGAGUACCGGAAGAUUGCACACAGCAACAAAUACAACGAAUCAUCGUAGUAUGACCCGUUUAAAUAUAGCGGGAGGAUCAGUUGGGGGAUUACAUAGCAUGACGAGAUUAAGUUCAUCACAACAAAUUAAUGCAGCUGUUGUCCCACCUGGAGGAGCAGUUCCAAUUCCACCAUUAUCGAAUAAUGUUGUCGUUACUGGAAUGAAUAAAUGGGGUAUCCCAAAUAUGCGAGUUUUAGGAGGAAAUGGGGUUACAGUUACUACAAUAUCUCAACCAAGAAUGCAAAGACCACAUAGUCAAGGACCUUUAACGUUAGUUACAAGCAAUUCAGUUACCGUUAGCUCUGUUUAUAAUGGAUCAGGUGCUGUAAACGUUUUAACAAGUGGAAAUGGAAAUGUUGUUAAUCAAACCCAAACAAUUCCGGUUGGAUCAUCAAAUCACGUUUCGGAAGGUAUUGGUAAUGUAACGGGAAGUAUUGGACAUGUAAAUGUAACCGGGCCAACUACAGUUACAUCAAGAAGAAUGAAUAAUACAAGUGUAACAUUAUUAAAUGCUCAAAACCCCGUUGCUUCGCAAAGGGUGAGCGUUUUCGAACCAUACCCAAUGAGAGAUACAAUACAACAUUUUUGCGAAAAACAUUUAGAAAAAAUUAAAACUUACAUGGAAAAUGUAUCCGUUAAAAUCCCGCCACCCGUUAAAUGUACGAUUGAAGAAAAACGCCAAAAAAAGUCAGCUAAAUUACAUUUUGUUUGUCAAGCGAGAGGACAACAUUGUUUAUAUUCAAGAACAUCGUUUCAUAUGCGUACAAGAAAUCCACGGAUAUGGAUACAUUUAAUGUUCAUUGCGUUACAGGCUAAAUCACCUCACGCUUUAAGUUCGAGAGAUCCAAGUGUAACCAGUUUAAAACAUUGUUGGGAUAUGCUAAAAUGUGAAAAUAAAACUUUUUUAACAGUUGUAACGAGUGCCUUUCCUUGUACAAAAGAUCAAGAUGCUUUAUUAAACGAAUUAAGACAUGCUGGGUUUUUCGAUGUAUUUCAAGUAUGUCCCGGAAACGUAGCCGGAUCUUCAAAUCAAUUAGAUGAGGAUUCAUUUAUUUGGGGAUGCUUUUUGUGUGCCCAUCCUGAACGGGCUGUAGGAUUUUUACGCGGUGACACCCAACCCGUCAUUGAAGGUCAAUUAAAAGAGAAAAAAGGCAGGUGGAGAUUAUUUAGACGGUGGAGAACGAGAUAUUUUACUUUAUCGGGAGCUCAUUUAUCUUGUAGAGGAUCGAGUGGUGGUGAAAGUAUAGAUGUGAAUCAAAUUCAAUCUGUAAAAGUAUCCAGAGGGGCGAGAAACAUUCCAAAAGCUUUUGAGAUAUUCACCGGUAAUCAAACUUUAAUACUUAAACCAAAAGAUGGAAAAAACGCUGAGGAGUGGGUUCAAUGUUUGAGUAUUGUUGUGGCACAUUCUCAUGCAAAAGAAGUUCCAGCUAAAAGUAAUUCUUUACCUGGGCGAAGUAUUGGGACAAGUCGAACGGCAAUUUAAAUUAUUUAUUAUAAAUAAACAUCACAAGAAAUAGAUAAGAAUGGAAUAUACAGGGUGUGUCAAAUGUCUGAAAUAUAGCCAAUAACUUCGCCAUUUG